AUGGCCCCCAUCGCAGUCCCCACCAACGACGCCAUCCCCCCCGCGCCCGUCGACGCCAACGACGACCUGGCCGAGGUCAAGGCCAAGAUUGCCGCCGGCAACGUCGGCAAGAAGUCGUGGGCUUCGUACGCCGUGCCCCCCGACAACGCGAUCAGGCGCUACCUCAAGGCGGGCGGCAUCGACCUGUACAACGGCUACCCGGCGUACAAGCAGGCCGACUCGGUCUACGACAAUGUGCGCGACACGGAGCGCGUGCUCCGUGACGGCCGCGAGUUUGUCGACCCCGGCACCCGCGCCGACCCCGAGAAGAAGGCGCUGUUCGCGGCUGCCAAGGAGGUGAUCACGCUCACCAAGCACAUUGGUACCGAGCUCGUCGGCGUCCAGCUCAAGGACCUGGACGACAAGCAGCGUGACGAGCUCGCCCUGCUCAUUGCCGAGCGUGGCGUCGUCUUCUUCCGCGACCAGGACCUCUCGCCCCAGAAGCAGCUCGAGCUGGGCAAGUACCUCGGCGACGGCGAGGUGUACGACUUUGGCACGCUCGCGACGGUCCCCUCGCUCGGGCCGGGCAUCACGCUCAUCUGGGAGAAGGCGCGCUCGUACCAGCGCAGCUACCGCCUCCCGUGGCCCGAGUACAACGGGUACAACGGCCAGGGAUGGCACGUCGACGGGCCCACUGCCACCGAGCAGGGCGAGUCGAGCUACACCCACCUGCACCACGACUCCGUACCGUCCGACUCGGGCGACACGACUUGGGCGAGUGGGUACGCGGCGUACGACAAGCUCUCGCCCGGCUUCAAGAAGUUUGUCGACGGCUUGACCGGCAUCUACCGCUCCAACACGACGGCCAAGAACUCAAAGAACCCCGACGGCCCCCGCAUCCCCAAGUUUGAGCGCGCGCCGCUCGUCCGCACCCACCCCGUGACCAAGUGGAAGACGCUGUUCGUCGCCGACCGCGGGCUGGUCGGCAUCGAGGGGUUCGACAAGACCGAGUCCGAGGUGAUCAUCAAGUACCUCGUGUCCGUGUACAACCAGUCGCAGGAGAUUGCCGUGCGCUUCAAGUGGACGCCGGGCGCCAGUGCAAUCUGGGACAACCGCGUGACCAACCAUGCCGCCGUGCGCGACUUUGACUGGAGCCAGGCCAACGAGCGCCACGGCACAAACGUCAUCUCGGUCGGCAGCACCAAGCCGUACUUUGACCCCAAGUCCAAGAGCCGCGGCGAGGCGCUCGGCAUCGAGGGCUGGCUCGACCCCGCGCUCGACACGGAGAAGUGGUUCGAGCUGUACCACUUGUAG